AUGUCUUCCAAGGAUGCUCGCGCGAGGGGUAUCAUUUCCGAUCUUCGUCGGGAUGCACUAGCGCAGCAAAUCUUGGACGGGGUAGAUUCUGGUCCUUUCGGAGCUAGCGGCAGGCUGCGCCGAUCUGUGGACCCCAAUCAAGACAACUUCUUUGCGUCGAUCGUCAGUGCAGCGCCGCCGAAAUUAACGAGCGACCGUUCUCGGCGGCAAUCAAGGAUAACCCGCGAGAGCGUCACACAAGACGACCCGUCGGUCAACCGCCGCCCAACGCUGGAGUGGCAGGAUCGUUUGUCAGAAUCACUUGCGCGAUGGUCUGAAGAACAACCGCGAACCAAUCCUGUUCAGAACAACCAGAGCCACACAGCCAUCCAACCUCAGUUUGAAGCCCCGAUUGUCGACAGGACGUCUCAAGAGCCUGUCAGACGGAAGCGACGAGUAGAUGUCCAGCCUAGUGUCACCGAUCCCCAUUGGGAUGAGUUGCAUAUAAUGAAUGAUACAGAUAAGGAUGAAUUGGAUGAUUGCGCGGAUGCUUUUGGCAAUUUGUCAAUAGAUGAGAACCGGGAGGUCCGCUACCACGGGAACUCUUGCGGUCUGUUUAUGCUUGCCAGAGAUCAGCGCUGGGACCGGCGCAAUGUUGGCGGCGUAUGGAACUUCCCAAUGGCAAAGCUUUGGUCAGGAGUGCAGAGCGCUGAGGAAAGGACCAAUAUGGAAGAUGUAGAAUCUAGGAUCCCCUUGCCCCAUCAACAAUUGCAGGAUCAUCUCCUUGAGCGAUAUUUCACCUACGUCAACCCUAUAUUUCCGGUGAUUGAUCGAGCCGCUUUCAUGGAGGACUACAAUGCACAGAAGUUUGGGGUUCGUAGUACUGUCGAUAUCAGUGCUCCUCCGCAGACACUUCAACGAGAGCGAAUGCAGAAGAUAUCCAAGCUUCUCCUGUUUUCUAUGUUCGCGUUCGCAGCUCAUUAUUCGGACCUCGAAGAGAACCCUGUACGGCCUGGGCAUGAGUGGGACAUCGGAGCCGAAUACGCAGUCAAGGCGCGCAGGAUUUUGGACUGUGUCUAUCAGGAGAGUCGUAUCUCAACCUGCCAAGCGCUCAUCUUGCUAGGUAUCCGUGAAUUUGGGAUAGGGAUGGCAUUGCGGAUGGCCCUCGACCUUGGACUGAAUAGGAACUCGGAUUCGUGGCGGCACGAUGGGCGCGAUCUUUUCACACUCAAGGAGAAACGGAUCCGCAGACAGAUCUGGUGGGCAUGUUGCUUGGCGGAUAAAUACGCAUCUCAAUUCUUAGGACGUCCAAUGGCGAUUCAUGAAAGUGACUCUGCAGCACUGCUCCCUGAUGUGAAAGAGGACGAUGCCGAAGCGCUAUUGUCGAGUUGCUUCCACGCUGCCGCAUCUCUCUCGGUCAUCCAUGGUGAAGUUAUCGAGAAGAUUUAUCCUGUUACCCGUGUCUCUACCGUCCCCAGGCGCGCUUUGAUGAAUGAGAUUCAUGCACGUCUCCUGCAAUGGUCCAUCAACCUACCCGAGAGCUUGCAGUACUCAUCGACAAGCAACCGGGCUUGCCCCCCUCCUUAUGUACUCUACUUACACUGUCAGUAUUGGGGAGUCAUGCUACUGCUACACAGGCCAUUCAUACCGAGGCGCUUUGGUUCUCAAAUUGCGCCAGGCUCGUCUGCUACUGACCCAGAUCCAAUACCGUGGAAAUCGUUAGACAUAUGUCAGGGUGCAGCAUCCCACAUAUCCGCAUUUGCUACCUUGUAUGAUCAAUCUUAUGAUCUCCAGUGGGGUCCGCCUUUCAUGACCACGAUACUUCAGAGUGCUGGGAUCAUGCAUAUUCUCACAUUGACCCAGAGACCGUCAGAUCCUCAAUCAACUUUAGGUCUGCGUGAUUGUAUAGCUGCUUGCGAUCGGAUGCGGACUAGGUGGCCCAGUGCAGCUCGUUUGGUUGACCUAUUGCGCGGUGCUCGCGUCAACACCGAAAUGGCGCCGCGUACUUCGGCUGAUCGAACUCGUAAACGACCCGCUGAAGACCCAUUGAGCAACGACAUCUCCUCUGUUCCUCAAUGGGAAAAUAAUCGCAUGGCACCGAGCAUGACAUCGAGCAUGGCACCGAACAUGACUCCGAACAUGGCUCCGAUAAACACGUAUGAGGCACCCCUGCAACCGCAAUCCAUGGCAUUCGCGCCUGUUCACGCGCCUCUAGAGGGGCCAAAUCCGUAUGGUGCCUACCUGGCUGAUCUUGCUUCGAGCAUACCUGGCAUGGAGGUCUCAUUCCCUGUCGCACCUGGAUAUGAUUGGUGGCCAUUGUUACCUGCAUCCAGCAAUGUUCCCGUGGUUCCGCUGGCACCCAGCAAUCACGAUCCCUACUUGACAAUGCCAUCGCAGUCUUUCACGUUUGGCGAGCGGCACUACUCACCGGACUUCUUGCAAGCCAUGAGAGACCCAGUGCUUCAUUUUCCUAGUGCACAUCACCCCCAGUGA